AUGAAAUUGUUGAACUUAAACCUGUGCUUCAUCAGGAAGCUUUCAGAACUUGUUGAACUUAAACAUGUGCUUCAUGAUAGCAUUCCUGUUAUUAAGAGGUUCACUGGAGGAGGAACCGUGAUUGUUGAUGAUAGGACGAUUUUUGCUGCUCUUAUUUGUAAUAAGGUUGAUGUUCCAAAGGUUCAGCCAUAUCCUCGCCCUAUUAUGUCUUGGACAGGCAAGUUGUAUGGAGAAGUUUUUUGUGGGUUUGGUAACUUCCAUCUCUGUGAAAAUGGGGUUCUUCUACGGGGAGAGGUGCCAAAUCUAAAGGCUGCAUCGAUUCAGCUAUGCACUCACAUUGCCAGGAAUUGAUUUUACAAUGAAGAUAAGGAACAUAGCAAUAAAGUGGUUGUUCCAAGAUUGUCUAA